CGGUCGCGGCGGUCGGCAGCGGCAGCGGCAGAAGGAGGAGGAUGACGGCGAACGGGACGGCGGAACCGGUGCAGAUCCAGUUCGGGCUGAUCAACUGCAGCAACAAGUACCUGACGGCAGAGGCGUUCGGCUUCAAGGUGAACGCCUCGGCCGCCAGCAUGAAGAAGAAGCAGAUCUGGACGCUGGAGCAGGACGGGGAGGACUCCAGCGCCGUGCUGCUCAAAAGCCACCUGGGCCGUUACCUGGCAGCCGAUAAGGACGGCCGGGUGAGUUGCGACAGCGAGGAGCCGGGUCCCGACUGCCGCUUCUUGGUGGUGGCUCACGGCGACGGGCGCUGGUCGCUGCAGUCCGAGCCCCAUCGCCGCUUCUUCGGGGGCACCGAGGACCGGCUCUCCUGCUUCGCCCCCGCCGUCUCGGCUACCGAGAAAUGGAGCGUCCACCUGGCCAUGCAUCCCCAGGCCAACCUCUACAGCCUGGCCCGUAAGCGUUACGCCCACCUGGGGCCCCGCCGCGACGAGCUGGCCGUGGACCGCGACGUGCCGUGGGGCGUCGAUGCCCUCAUCACCCUCCUCUUCGUGGACCAGCGGUACAGCCUGCAGAGCUGUGACCACCGCCUGCUCCGCUCCGACGGCCGCCUGGUCCCCGACGCCGAGCCCGGCACCGCCUUCACCCUCGAGUUUCGCUGCGGGAAGGUGGCCUUUCGCGACGGGGAGGGUCGCUACCUCGCCCCCUCGGGACCCAGCGGCACCCUCAAGGUGGGCAAGAAUGCCAAGGUGGGCAAGGAUGAGCUCUUCGCCCUCGAGCAGAGCUGCCCUCAGGUUGUGCUUCGAGCCGGCAAUGACAGGAACGUCUCCACCCGGCAAGGGAUGGACCUGUCAGCCAACCAGGAUGAGGAAGGUGACCAGGAGACCUACCAGCUGGAGAUCAAUAAGGACACCAAGAAAUGUGCCUUCAGGACCUACACUGGGAAGUACUGGACCCUCACCUCCAACGGGGGCAUCCAGUCCACUGCCUCCACAAAGAACCCGAGCUGCUAUUUUGACAUCGAGUGGUGUGACAAGCGCAUCACCUUGAGAGCUGCCAACGGCAAGUACGUGACAGCCAAGAAGAACGGGCAGCUGGCAGCCUCCAUGGAGACAGCAGGUGAGACGGAGCAUUUUGUGAUGAAGCUGAUCAACAGGCCCAUCAUUGUCCUGCGUGGGGAGCACGGCUUCAUUGGGUGCCGGAAAGUCACCAGCAACUUGGAUUCCAACCGCUCCUCCUAUGACGUCUUCCAGCUGGAAUUCAACGACGGAGCCUACAACAUCAAGGAUGCCACUGGGAAGUACUGGAUGGUGGGGAGCGAGUCGUCUGUCACCAGCAGCAGUGAUACCCCCGUGGACUUCUUUUUUGAGUUCUGCGACUACAACAAAGUGGCCAUCAAAAUCAAUGGGAAAUACCUGAAGGGGGACCACGCCGGGGUCCUCAAGGCCUCUGCUGACACCAUCGACGCCUCCACCCUCUGGGAAUAUUAAUUAAUGCACUUUAGUGGUCCCCCCCCUUGUUGCCAACUUUUUCUUUUCCCCUCCUCCCUCCUUUUUAUUCCUCUUUCAGGUUUUGUUUCUUCUCUCUGUAAAAAGAUUUUCAGACCCGCUUGUCCUUCCCCCCCCACAGCCGUAAAGCCGGUGUGUUUUGGGGGAGGUGGAUGGGUCUCCAUAAAUCCCUGUAAGAACUGGAAAAGUGAUGGGACAGCCUGGCUAUAGCUUUGUAGAGGGGUCUGGCUCUAUCUCACCCCCCCCCACCAACUUUCCCCCUCCCUCCAGGUUUGCUGGGCUUGGAAACUGCCAUACCCUCUGCUCCCAGCCCCCAGCAUCACCUUAGGUAGUUUAUUUUCCCCUCCUCAACUUAAAAAAAGGGAAUAAGAUCACCUCUGUGCUCACUUCUGCCAUAUCAGCACUGGUGUCACCUCGGUCUGUGACAGCCACCAGUGAGUGUCCCCUGGAGCACCCAUCCUCUCCCAUCCCCCUCCAGCCAGGGGCAGAGUGAUGGUGAGGGGCUUCUCCCAGCUCUCUCUGGCAGCUUCUCUCUGCUCCUGGCUUUCAGGGCACAAUUCACCCCCAGCUGAGCCAUUAGAGGUGACCUUACAUAUCACAGCAUCCCUGGGGACAAGGCUGGCACCAGCACGUGUCCCUGUGGAAGGGCCAGCCAGCUGACCCCCUCCUCACUUAACCUGGAAAUUAUUUUUGAGGGUGAUCCCAUCUGGAAAACUUCAGCUUUUCAUCUCCUUGUGUCCCUCUGCCUCUCCUUGUGCUUCUGGAGCAUUGUAGAGCCCGGAGGUGGGGCCAGCCCAGCCGGUGCUUGCCCUGAGGCUGGUCCUGUGGCUGUGCCUAGGAAGGGAUGGAGGGGGGGGGGGACAUAGAACAAGACUGUGUUGGGCAGGGGGCUUCAUUCAAUCCCCCUCCCCAGUGGGCUUUGGUCCCUGCAGGAGCCUGGCUGGCUGAUGCAACCCCUCCCUGGGUGGUGGCUGGAAGCAUAACCUGCAGAUUUUUGGUUUACAGAAUAGAAAAGUUCCUUAGCAAACUUUGCACAGUGAUAUUUGCUCAGUACCUGU